UCCGUGCCACCACUUCCUAUCUUGUCGCUUAGCGGGCCGGUUUGAGAGUGACAGUUCUCCAGCAUCUUUCUUGGAUUCAUCAUGUCUGAUCAGCCUGAGAAUAAGCCGACUGAAGAGAAGGCUCAGGAGAAACCUGAGUCUCAGGCGGAAGCUCCUGCAGCUAGCGAUGAAGCCGAAUCCACGGAAAAGGCUCCAGAACAGCCACCGAAAGAAAUGAGAGCAGUUGUUCUGACAGGGUUCGGUGGCUUAAAGUCAGUAAAGGUUUUGAAGAAACCAGAGCCAACACUCGGCGAAGGCGAAAUCCUGAUCCGCGUCAAGGCCUGUGGACUGAACUUUCAAGACUUAAUGGUGCGUCAAGGUGCCAUAGACUCCCCUCCAAAGACACCUUUCAUUCUGGGAUUUGAGUGUGCAGGAGACAUUGAGGAAGUGGGCCCUGGUGUGGAAGGAUUCAAGGUUGGUGACAGUGUGGUGGCUUUGCCAGAGUACAGAGCAUGGGCAGAGCUUGUGGCUGUACCAGCAAAGUAUGUGUUUCCUCUUCCAAGUGGAAUGACACACCUAGAUGCUGCAGCCAUUGCUAUGAACUACAUAGUGGCCUACGUACUGUUGUUUAGUGAGUUGGGUGGAUUGGCUCCAGGGAAGAGUGUGCUGGUUCAUUCUGCAGGUGGUGGCGUGGGACAAGCUGUCGCACAGUUGUGCAGAACAGUGGAUGAUGUGACUGUGUUUGGUGUAGCUUCAAAAGGAAAACAUGAGGCUCUGAAGUCGACCAUUAACCACUUAUUAGAGCGUGGAAGUGACUAUGCAAGUGAAGUCAGAAAGUUGGCGCCUGAGGGUGUGGAUAUUUUCCUAGAUUGUCUUUGUGGUGAAGAAUGCAACAGGGGCUAUUCCUUGUUGAAACCAAUGGGAAAAUACAUUCUUUAUGGGUCUUCCAAUGUUGUGACAGGAGAGACCAAAAGCAUCUUCAGUGUUGCUAGAUCAUGGUGGCAGGUAGACAAAGUGUCACCAAUUAAGCUCUUUGAUGAGAACAAGACCCUCUCUGGGUUCAACAUUCGUCACCUUUUGUAUCAACAAAGUGGAGCGCCAUACAUUAAAAAAAUAAUGGAUUCUGUGUUUAAACUGUGGAAGGAUGGAAAAAUUAAACCUGUAGUAGAUUCAACAUGGGCACUUGAAGAUGUACCAGAAGCUAUGCAAAAGAUGCAUGACAGGAAGAACAUUGGCAAAAUUGUACUCGAUCCAGGGAUGGAACCUAAGCCUAAACCAGCAACCCCUGCUAAGGGAAAGGCCAAAGGUGGAGACAAAGAGGAGAAAAAGAAGGAUGAGGAGAAAAAGGAGGAAGAGAAGAAAGAGGAAGAAACUGGUACAAGCAACGAAGGAAGUGGUGGUGACACAGCUGCCAAUGAAGCAAAGGAGAAAGAGGCCUCAAGCUGAACAAUGAAUUUCUGCAAUGAUGCGCUUAAACAUUGACCACAUUGAAAAUUGUGCUGUUAUAUUUUUGUGUAAAAAUAUUAGCAUAAUUAUUUUGACAUCAUAUACAUUACUAAAGAAUGUGACCAUAUUGUGAGUGUAAGUUCGUUUGUGUGCUGAUGUGUGUUUGUCGGAUGUUGCUGAACUUUCUUGAGCUGAAUUAUUUACAUGAAUUCUGUCAGACAUGAGUUUCCAAAUACAUGUACCAUAUCAUGGUGACAGUUUCACACAUUCACAUGUUGAUGGAAUGUUUAUUUUUCAAAGCUACUUUUGAGGUACUUUAGAUUAGUUCUCAUCUACAAACUUUUAAUACUGCCAUAGUGGUACUUUAUUGUGUGUCUGGCAAUGAUUGAAAUUUUGAGUGUAAUGGAUACUGUUAAAUGUUUUAUGACAUGGCUACUUAGAGAUUAUGGAAAGUUAAUAUUUGAAGCUCAUCUGCCUAUAGGUUAUAAAGAUUUGCUAUUCUGAGCUAAAGCUUUUCAUGUGAUAUUUGAGCUGGUAUGUAUAAAAAUGUGGCUCACAAUGUGAAUAUUGACAGUUCGUGUUGUCUUUGAUGUAAGUAUAUAGUUGUUCUCAGUGCAGCAUAUCACAAUCUAUUGAAGUUUUAUAUAAGCUUCUCAUUGUAAGACUGAUUAUGUUGCUUUUUCCACGCUUUUUAAAUGUUUGAGUUGCAGAAACUUGGUGUGCAACUUAUAGUACCUGAAAAGGUACUACCAUAAUUGUUCUACAAAUUAUAUCAAGUCAAUAUACUUAAACACUUGCUUCUAUGAGCAGCAUGUUUGAGAGAAAUGAAUCAAUAAAGUCAAUUCAAAACAUA